UGUAUUCCCUUUCAGGGCCAGGUUUGUUUAUGCCCAAAAAAAUUACAGAAAAAAUGGCAGCGGACAGGCUGUAAUGAGCUAGCAGAAAGAGUCUGGAAAUAUACGCGUACAUUUUAAAAGAAUCCAGGGAGUCCAUAGACUAGUGAGACAGAGUACUCGCACGUCGCCAAAAUGCAGAUCACUUUGAAAACCCUGCAGCAGCAAACGUUUAAAAUCGACAUAGACGGAGAGGAGACGGUAAAGGCACUGAAGGAAAAAAUUGAGAAUGAGAAGGGAAGAGAUGGCUUUCCAGUCGCCGGACAGAAGUUGAUAUAUGCCGGAAAAAUCCUUAAUGAUGACACCGCACUCAAGGAGUACAAGAUUGAUGAGAAGAACUUUGUGGUUGUCAUGGUGGCUAAGCCGAAAGCAGCAGCAGCAGCAGCAUCAUCAUCAGCUGCCCAGCCCUCCCCCGCUCCCGCGGCUUCGGCUUCGGCCCCGACCCCGGCCAGCCCCGCCACGGCACCCACUCCCGCCCCUGCCGCCUCCACCACUGACGACGCCCCGCCCAAAAGCAAAGAGGAGCAGCCGGCUGAGGAGAAGCCCGCCGAGAGCCCUGCGCCUGCUUCCUCUCCCGUUAGCUCAUCAAGUCCCUUGACUAAUGUGAACAUUUUUGAAGAGGCCACCUCUGCUCUUGUGACCGGGCAGUCGUAUGAGAACAUGGUGACAGAGAUCAUGCUGAUGGGGUAUGAGAGAGAGCAGGUGGUGGCGGCUCUGAGGGCCAGCUUCAACAACCCGGACCGAGCGGUGGAGUACCUGCUCACCGGUCUUCCAGCUGAGGAGGAGAGUCACACAGUGGCCAGCCCAGUUGUUCCCCCCUCAGGGGGGGCUCUUGCAGGCACCACAGGGACCCUGUCCUCACCCUCUAGUGGCACCCCCACAUCGCCCACUAGUGCCUCUGGGGUUAACCCUCUGGAGUUCCUGAGGAACCAGCCGCAGUUCCAGCAGAUGAGGCAGAUCAUUCAGCAGAACCCGUCCCUGCUGCCCGCCUUGCUGCAGCAGAUCGGGAGGGAGAAUCCACAGCUGCUGCAGCAAAUCAGCAGUCAUCAAGAGCAGUUCAUCCAGAUGCUGAACGAGCCUGUGCAGGAGGCUGGCCAGGGUGGAGGCGGUGGAGGAGGAGGAGGUGGAGGUGGAGGUGGAGGAGGAGGAGGAGGAGGGGGAGGGGGGGGGGUGGCGGCCGAGGCAGGAGGCGGUGGGCACAUGAACUACAUCCAGGUCACUCCCCAGGAGAAGGAAGCCAUUGAGAGGCUAAAAGCACUAGGAUUUCCUGAAGGACUUGUCAUACAGGCUUACUUUGCCUGUGAGAAGAACGAGAACCUGGCAGCAAACUUCCUUUUACAACAGAACUUUGAUGAUGAUUAAAGGGAGAUGUGGGAAUUUUGUUCAGAUUUUUUUUUCUUUUUAUGAUUUAUCAUUGGAGGGGGUUGGGGAAGGCCUUUGAUUUUUCUAGAUCUUACGUCAAUUUAUCAGCUUGGUAACACUGGAUCAACAUCUGUGUGAGAGAAAGAACCCGUUUCAUAACACUUAAAAUUGGUUACUCAGUAAACACCCCUUGCUUCAUCAGACAAAAAUGGUGCAACUCUUUCUUUUCCGUAUAGCUUGGAUGAACAUGUUUAUCUUUUCUUCAGAAUUAAUACUGAUUUAAAACUGGUUCAUUGCCAAUUAAAUGUUUCCCAAAUUGUCAGCUACACAUAGGUAGUGGAAUAGGUUGUUACGGUAUUCAUACAUCAAUGUUGUUUUUUUUGUUUUUCUUUUCGAUUGAACGGUAUAGGCUUGCCAUUGCUGUUUAAAGCAGUUUUACACAGUAAAGCAAAAUCAGUAAAGAUUUUAAAGCAAACUUUGUUUCCUUUUUUUAAAUUGCCAUUAUACUGUUUAUUAAUCUCAAAGGAAUUGGCUCCAAGUGUAGUGCAUGCAAUACGCUCAGUUUACAUGUUCCAGGGGAAUUACAUGUACAAAAAGGUGAACUAUUGCCAUAUUUUCAUUGAGACUGAAUGCAAUUCAUUCUAGUGUUAUCAAAAGAAUUGAAGGCAUGUAAAUGGCUUGUAGUAGGUGUUAGUAUUUACAGUUCCUAUUACUACAAUUUACUGUCAUUUUUACAGAGAAAUAAAACUUUUGAAUGUAUGAAA